ACGUGGGAGGUGAGGGCGAACAGCAGAAAGCAUCACAAACACAAACAGAUGAAAUCCUGUCUGUGCUUCCGCUGGGGGAGAUAUGCGGACAAUUUGGUCCGCAGCUACAAGUACUCCCCCCUGACCUUCCUGCCCCUGACGCUGUUCGAACAGUUUCAGCGAGCGGCCAAUCUCUACUUCCUCCUCAUGGUGGUGAUGCAGUGUGUCCCUGUCAUCUCCUCCAUACCUUUCUACAUCACCAUCUUCCCGCUUCUCAUCGUCCUGUCAGUGAGAGGGCUGAAAGACCUUGCCAACGACAUGGCGAGGAGGCGCAGCGACUCUGAGAUUAACUCCAGACCCUGUGACGUACUCGACUCCCAGAGUUUCAGCAGAGCGCAGUGGAAGGAUGUGUGUGUGGGAGAUGUGCUGCGGAUCCACAAAGACCAAGUCAUCCCUGCUGACCUUCUCCUCCUGUGUAGCUCCGAACCUCACAGUCUCUGUUAUGUAGAGACGGCAGAUAUCGACGGAGAGAGUAAUCUCAAGUUCAGACAGGCGCUCAGUGCUACACACAACCAGCUGACCUCCUACCCCUCAGAGGAGACCCUUGCUGCCUUUGAUGGUGUCGUUCUCUGUGAGGAGCCAAACAAUCGCCUGUACACCUUCAGAGGCCAGAUGCACUGGCGAGGAGAGAGUCUUCUGCUGGACAACGAGCACAUCCUCCUGAGGGGAACCGUCCUACGCAACACAGAGUUCGCCUACGGCUUGACCUGGUCUCCGAACUUGCUCGGACCAGCGGCCGGAGCGGUAGCAUCUAAGAGUUUCUGCUCCGCACACAGGCGCAGACAGCAAGAUCCUGAGGAACUGCGGGAAACUGAGAGUGAAGAGGACUCGGAUGGAGAGAGUUUUUAA